AUGGCCGGCAAACAUAACUUGGUUUUUACUGGGUUACUGAUUUUCAUUUCAGUGCAGUGGACUUUGUGUGCUCAAGAGGAAGAGCUCCAUGCCGACUUCUGGAACAUCAAAGGGAAGCAGGCCCUCAACGCUGCCCUGAAUCUCCAACCCAAUAUGCACAAAGCCAAGAACAUUAUCCUCUUCCUGGGGGACGGUAUGGGGGUACCGACGGUGACUGCUGCCCGGAUCCUCAAGGGCCAGCUGGCAGGACAUACUGGAGAAGAGACCAGUCUGUGUAUGGAUACCUUCCCCCACUUGGCACUCUCUAAGACAUACAACGUGGACCAGCAGAUGCCAGACAGCGCUGGCACAGCAACAGCGUACUUAUGUGGUGUAAAAGCCAACUACGGCACCCUGGGCGUCACCGCUUCCACCCCAAGGUCCAACUGUAGGGCCACCUUUGGCAAUGAAGUCACAUCUAUUCUGCACCGGGCCAAGCAAGCAGGGAAGUCAGUCGGAAUUGUGACUACAACCCGAGUGCAGCACGCCUCCCCCGCUGCAAACUACGCUCACUCUGCCGACCGAGGCUGGUACGCUGACUCCGACCUCACCCCUGAGGCUGUCCAGAACGGCUGCCGUGACAUUGCUUACCAGCUGGUUCACAACACACAGAUAGACGUCAUUCUUGGCGGAGGUCGUCGGUAUAUGUUUCCCAAAACCAUGCAAGAUCCAGAGCAUCCAAAGGAGAUGGGAUCCCGAGAUGAUGGACAAAACCUUGUUUUGGAGUGGAUGAAGAACAAAACGAAUGUUAAAUAUGUUUGGAGAAAGAGUGAAUUUGAUGCUGUCAAUCCUGCGACUACAGACUUCCUUAUGGGUCUGUUUGAGCCAAAAGAUUGCCGCUACGAGUUGGACCGCGACCCGUCUAUGGAUCCCUCCCUUGCGGAGAUGACAGAAAAAGCAAUUAAGAUUCUCAGCAAGAACUCUAAGGGAUUUUUCCUCUUUGUGGAAGAUAAGGGGAGAAUCGACCACGCUCACCACGGAGCCAUGGCCAAAAGGGCUAUGUAUGAAACUAUAGAGUUUGAUCGGGCAAUUGAACGAGCAGCCGGACUCACCAGCGAGCUGGACACUCUGACUGUAGUCACUGCUGACCAUUCCCACGUGUUUGCUUUUGGAGGAUAUUCUGUCAGAGGAAACUCUCCUACAGGGGUGUCACGUUCACUGGCUACUGACAAUAAGCACUUCACCACUGCUCUGUAUGGGAAUGGACCAGGAUACCAGAUUGAGAAUGGAACCCGCCCAGAUAUGAAUGAAUCAGUUUCAUCGGAUGAUGACUACCGUCAGCAGGCUGCUGUCCCUCUUGAUUCAGAGACCCACGGCAUAGACGACGUAGCCAUCUUUGCCAAAGGUCCCAUGUCACACCUUUUCCACGGGGUCCAGGAGCAGAGCUACAUUGCACAUGUCAUGGCUUAUGCUGGUUGUAUAGAUCCCUACCAGAAUUGUUUGCUCACCGACCACGCUGGAGCGAUGCACCCCAGCCUGCUGCUCCUUCUGCUGGGCCUCCUUCUCUUCUCCUUCUGUUCUGUCUGAGCCGAAUGACCACGCUAUCUAAAUAAAUUAUCCUUUACACUGUGAUAUGUGAAUGUAAGAGUUGUACAAAUCUGACAUCAGCUGUUUUUAAUAAUUUGUGCUUGUUCAGGUAACCUUGUUGUGAAAAAAAACAUUACUGUUAUUAUUGCAUAGAGCCAUGACUCUAACGUUGUAUUUAGCCCGUGUAUAUAUAUAAAAAUUUGUGGCUGUAAUUAUUUUUGGAAAUGUUUGAAUAAAAUGGUGAUUUCCUA